GAGAAGGAAGGAGGGGCCCUUGGUCUGGAAGGGAGAGCAGAACGGGGCCUCUCUGCUGACAGAGCCUGACAGGGCAGGUGCCUCCAGGCCGCAGGAGCUCCCCAUUCUGAGCACCAUGAGCACCACCACAGGCCCAGAAGCUGCCCCCAAACCAAGUGCCAAGUCCAUCUAUGAGCAGAGGAAGCGUUAUUCAACUGUGGUUAUGGCAGACGUUUCCCAGUAUCCAGUCAAUCACCUGGUGACUUUCUGCCUGGGUGAGGAAGACGGAGUGCACACGGUAGAGGACGCCUCGCGGAAGCUGGCCGUCAUGGACAGCCAGGGCCGGGUCUGGGCCCAGGAGAUGCUGCUGCGCGUGUCUCCCAACCACGUCACGCUGCUUGACCCCGUCUCUAAGGAGGAGCUGGAGUCGUACGCACUGGGCGCCAUCGUGCGCUGCGACGCGGUGAUGCCACCAGGCCGGAGCCGUUCGUUGCUGCUGCUCGUGUGCCAGGAGCCCGAGCGCGCGCAGCCCGACGUUCACUUCUUCCAGGGCCUGCGACUCGGGGCGGAGCUGAUCCGAGAGGACAUCCAGGGGGCUUUACACAACUAUCGUUCCGGCCGUGGGGAUCGCAGGGCGGCGGCGCUCAGGGCCACGCAAGAGGAGCUGCAGCGUAGCCCCUCAGCCGCCUACGAGACCCCGCCCCUGCAGCGCCGCCCGUCGGUCCGCGCAGCGAUCAGCACGGUAGAGCCUGCCGCUGGCUGCGGGCGACCGCAGACGGAGCCCAUCCCCGAGGCGGAAGCGGCGCGGAGACCCUGCUUGGCGGAGACCUCCAGUAACGUUGACCCGACCUCCCCGGACCUGGGCCCGCGCGGCGGGGACCUGGCCAGUCUGCAGGCUGAGCGGGACGUGGACAUCCUGAACCACGUGUUUGACGACGUGGAGAGCUUCGUAUCGAAGCUGCAGAAGUCUGCGGAGGCGGCCCGAGUGCUGGAGCACCGAGAGCGCGGCCGCAGGACCCGGCACCGGGCGGCCGGGGAGGGCCUCCUGACGCUACGGGCCAAACCGCCCAGCGAGGCCGAGUACACCGAAGUGCUUCAGAAAAUCAAAUACACCUUCAGCCUGUUGGCUCGGCUGCGCGGCAACAUCGCCAACCCCUCCUCCCCAGAGCUGCUGCACUUCCUUUUCGGACCUCUGCACAUAAUUGUGGACAUGUCGGGUGGCCCCCAGUUCGCUGGCGGCGUGCGGCGUCCGUACCUAACGUCCGAGGCCGUAGCACUGCUGCGGGACAAUGUCACCCCAAGUGAAAAUGCGCUCUGGACCUCGCUGGGGGACUCGUGGACCCGCCCAGGGGUGGAGCUGCCCCUGGAGGAGGGACUCCCAUACAUUCCCGAGUUCUACAGUGGCUGGGAGCCCCCGGCCACUGACCCGCACGGCCGCCCCUGGGAGGACCCAGUAGAGAAACAGCUACAGCACGAACGGCGGCGCUGGCAGCAAAGCGCCCCCCAGAUCGCUGUCAAUGGUCACCAAGACCCAGAGUCAGAAGCUGAGCCCCAGCCUGAGCCAGAGCCAGCAGGGAAGUGGGUCCUGUGUAAUUAUGACUUCCAGGCCCGCAACAGCAGCGAGCUAUCGGUCAAGCAAGGGGACGUGUUGGAGGUCCUGGAUGACAAGCGCAAGUGGUGGAAAGUUCGAGACCAGUGGGAACAGGAGGGAUACGUACCCUAUAAUAUCCUGACACCCCACCCAGGGCCCCGGGUAGGGCGCAGCCAAAGCCCUGCCGGAAUUCUGCAUAGCACUCCACCUCCCCCAACAGCCCCGGAACUGGCCGCAGCUCCUGUCCCGGCUCCGCCCCACUGGGACAGCUGUGACAGCCUCAACAACUUAGACCCCAGCGAGAAGGAGAAAUUCUGCCAGAUGCUCAGUGUCAACGAGGAGCUGCAGGCUCGCCUGGCCCAGGGUCGUUCUGGCCCCAGCCGCACAGUUCCGGGGCCCCGCGUCCCGGAGCCGCAGCUCAGCCCGCGCUCGGACGCCUCAGAGGUCCGCACCUGGCUGCAGGCCAAGGGCUUUAGCUCCGGGACUGUGGACGCGCUGGGAGUGCUGACCGGAGCGCAGAUUUUCUCGCUACAGAAGGAGGAGUUUCGGGCGGUAAGCCCUCAGGAGGGGGCGCGCGUGUACAGCCAGGUCACGGUGCAGCGGGCGCUGCUGGAGGACAAAGUGUCAGAGCUGCAAGUGGUGAUGGAGAGGCAAAAGAAGAAGGUGGAAGGCGAGAUAGAAACGGAGGUCAUUUGACUUUCCCUGGCUCUCCGCUAAAAGCUGGCAGGCAGCGGGUUUCCCUGCGCCCAUGGGAGAACUGACUCUGCACACCCCCAAUCAGUGGAAGUAGACCUCUAAAAGGAUCACCGACCUGUUCCAGCCCUGGUCUUCCCGUCCCGGUGGAUAAACUGGCCUGUCCUCGCUGGAGUCUCCUGAGUGAGCGCUGAACUUGCGGACUGGCCAGGAGCGGGAGGGGAACAGGGUGAAGCGACAACUUAGGGACCCCGCUUGCGACGCACCCCAAGAGAGGUCGCACGUGGGAGCCCUGUGCAUUGUGAUAUGUGACCCAGUCUAUAAACAGC